GUCGAUUGAAUGGAUCGAAAUGCUCUAUCUCAGGUUGAUAUGUCUGUUGGCUUCUUGUGCAGAUGCUUCGACGAUGUCUGGGUAUUUAAUUAAUAUUUGCAAUUGGUGGACGAAAUCCGCAUCCUGGAUUCCACUGCUAAUCACCCAUCCACCAAUUAAAUGUGUAUCUUUGCUCGAGGUCAAUUUUUGUGCAGAAAGAGAGAGAGAACGAAAGAGAGGGAUGGAGUAUGCACUCUCACUAAUUAUAUAUAAUAAUUAUAUAUAUAUACACUUAGAAGUAAAAGCAUUUAUACUCCCCUCCGCUGUCCUCUUUUCUUUUUUCUUUUUUAAUUUGGUUAUAACAGCACAGGAGAGAGUGAUGCUCAAAAUAAGACAAUAUUUGAAUAUCCAUACAAGAAGAAAAGAACAGACGUUGUGAGUAAUAAUGAACCUACCGAUUUAGAUGAGCAUGAAAGAAAUACAAAUAAACUUAGAUUGAAAAUUGAACCUACUGAAAAAUCAUUUACAAUGAUGAAUAAUACAAAAGCAGCAGGAGCAUCACCAGCACCGGUAGGCAAAGAAAAACAAAUUAUGAUGGCAACAACAACAACAGCGACGAAAACGCCAUUGAAUCAGUCAAGUAAAGGUACACGUCAAAAAGUCACGAUAAUACCAAUUGCCAACCAAAUCAGUGAAACUCAACAGGCAGGAAAUCACGAUAAAUUACUGACAAAUGGAAUGGAGACAAAAUAUGUUAUCCUGCCUAAAUUAGAAUCAUCACCGAACAGGAGAAGACGAUUCAUUAAAUCACAAUCAACAGAUCCGAAUUCAUUAGUCACAUGUCAAACAGACUUCAAGUUUAUUGCGCCUAAUAGAAGUUCAAUGCCUACAACACAAACAAUUUCACAUAAUGUUAAUCACAAUGAAACGCAUAUUACACCUAUACAACAAAAUGAUGUUAGUAUAAGUGCCAUAAGUCAAACAGUUGAAUCUUCGCUUAACAAUGAGGAGUUAAAACCUUCUUCAUCUCUAAUAAGCAUAAAAAGCAGAGAAACAGACUUAGAACGCCAAAAUCGAGCAGAGAUCACGAAGUGUUUAGUUGAAAAAGAAUCAGUUUUAUGAAAAUAAAUUCUACCCAGCGAACAUUAUUCUGUUUUUGAUUGAUAUAGAGUUAAUCGUUGCGGGGUGGGUGAAGAUAUAUAUAUAUAUA